AUGUCUCUUAAAAUCUCCCCAUGCUGUGUCAAGACAAUCGACCAUGAAGGUCAAGUUACUGGAUCCUUCAAAACCAUUGGUGGUUUAGAUACUUACCAAACCGGUGCAGAAUUCGGGAACGAGAAAGUUAUAGUCAUUGUGUCAGAUAUUUUCGGCCACAAGUAUAAAAACAACCAUUUGGUUGCAGACCUGCUUUCUAAGGUUUCUAAAACACAAGUUUUACUUCCAGAUAUUUUAGAUAAUGAUCCAAUUGCUUCAUUUGAAGAGUUUCAGGCCAGAGGACAAACCUGGCGUGAAAACCAUUCACCUGAAAAGAACCAGAGAAUUGUAGAAGGAUUCUUAACCAAAUUGAGAGAGGAAUACAAGCCUGAAUUUGUAGCGGGCAUUGGCCAUUGCUUUGGUGCAAAGUACGUAGUGCAGCAAUUAACCCCAACUGGUUUUUUGGACAUAGGUGCUAUUGCGCAUCCUUCCAAUUGCUCUGUUGAAGAAUUUGAGGCUGUCACUAAACCAUUGCUCAUUUCUGCAGCUUCAAAGGACGUAGCAUUCCCAAAUGAGGCGAGACAAAAGGCGAUCGACAUCUUGACUAAAAACGAUGUCGAGUAUGAAUUGACUAUCUUCCAUGGUGUAGACCAUGGGUUUGCUGUUAGAGGUGACCCAAACAACAAGAAGCACAGCUAUGUCCAAGCAAAAACCAUUCAAGACCAGGUCCAGUUCUUCAGCUUUUAUUCAUAA